AUGGCGUUAAUAGGAACAAUAAUCGGCAAAGUAGAGAUCAACUCAGGUGCGAAGGUGUUACAUGAUCUCUAUAGGCACACACCGGACGACAUAUCCUCCAUUUGCCCUGAUAAGAUUCAUUCAUGUGAUCUGCUCAGUGGUACUAGAGGUGCGGUUGGAUCCACCAUCAUCUGGCACUUUACCCAAGAUGGAAAAAGGCAAAGUUUAAAGGAGAUAAUUGAAGAAGUUAACGAGACAAACCACAAAAUUGUAUUUAAAGUGUUAGAAGGAGAGCUCGUGGAUGAGAAAUACAAAGCAUUCACAAUAAUAUUUCAUUGUGAACAAAAAGAUGGUAAACAAUGGGCCGUUUGGACCAUCGAGUUUGAGAGGCUGGAUACAAGUAUACCAUAUCCAACUUCUUUCAUGGAAUAUCUUUGCGAUUAUCUAAAAGAAAUCGAUGACCACAAGACCUGUAAAUAG